AUGGCAAAUGUUUCAGAAUUUGUCUCCAGGUUGUCAAUGAAAGUAGCAGUUAUCACUGGUGGAGCUCAGGGAAUCGGUGAGGCAACGGCAAGGUUAUUCAUAAAACAUGGAGCCAAAGUCGUAAUUGCUGAUAUCCAAGACGACUUAGGGCAAGCAGUUUGUAAAGAUAUUGGUCUUGACAGCGCUAUGUUUGUCCAUUGUGACGUGACUGUUGAAUCAGAUGUUGAAAAUGUCAUUAACAUCACACUUGCCAAAUAUGGUAGGUUGGACAUAAUGGUCAACAAUGCAGCCAUUGUAGAUGAUGGAAAACUCAGUAUUCUCGAUAAUGAUAUGUUAGAUUUUGAAAGGGUUAUGAGAGUAAACGUUACUGGUGUGUUCCUAGGAACCAAGCACGCAGCUCGAGCCAUGAUCCCAGCUCGCAGAGGUAGCAUUAUUAUGUUGGGAAGUGUGUCUGGGAGCAUUGGAGGAAUCAUUUCUCAUGCUUAUUCGAGUUCAAAACAUGCGCUUGUGGGUCUCACUAAGAAUACGGCUGCCGAGCUUGGCCAAUAUGGGAUUCGUGUUAAUUGCUUAUCACCUCAUUUUAUCCCUUCACCUAUGGCUACAAAUUAUGUACAAGAUCACCCUGAUAAAUACUCCAAAGUUUAUACAAACCUCAAAGGGAUCUUGCUGCGUAUAGAAGAUGUGGCAGAAGCUGCUCUUUUUCUAGCAAGCGAUGAGGCCCGGUACAUGAGCGGGCAUAAUCUAGUACUUGAUGGAGGUUUUACUGUUAUUAAUCCAGCUUUUGGUCUAUUUGCUCGAGCUUCCCCUAUCGAGUAA